CAAGUUCAAGCUGUGGGGCAACAGCUGCUCAAUACCUGCCGCUUCUUAUUGGCACUUUGAUGCCAAGCAUGGCACACCGUAUGCAGUAGGCAUAUUGUCAAGCAAACUGGGUGGUAAAAUUGCGAGUGUCACAGGUUGACCGAGCCCCGGCGAUGCAAGAACGGCGCAGGAGCAAGCGCAUUAGCCUCAGCGUCUUGGAUGUGGAGCUGGGAAAGAUCACCAGGCAGAGGCGUAAGGUUGAAGCGCCGGCGCUCAGGUGCGCCCCCUGCCCUUCUGCCUGCUCGUUGGAGUUGCCUCCGCCGUGCUGCUGGCCCGUCCGCACGCAAACACACAAGCUCCAGGCUCUCGUACCCACAGCCUAUUAGUUCCGCGUUGCUUACAAAUCUGGCUUGAAUGGCCUGCACGCAGGGUAAGGUCCGCUAUGGGGUGCUGCCGCCGUUCGGCCCAAACCUGGAUUCCGCCAAGCGCGAGGCCAUCCAUGCGGCGAACACGCUGCUGCAGAAGAGUUUCCCAGAGCAAAAGGGCGACGUCGAGAGGUGCGUGUACCGUGGGCGCAGGCGCGACACAGACGGUUGGCUGAAGAGUGAGGAUCCCAGGCUUGAGCCAUGCCUGGUGGCCUGCCUGUGGCUGGGCACGCGAGUGGUGGCGGCGGCAGUGCUGCGGCUGACGUUCCCGACAACAACAGGCGCAGGCAAUGACGCAGCUCACAGGCUCGUUGCCUCACUCGCAACCCACCUUCAGAUCAUCUUCCAGGCUACGUCGGCGCGGCUGCAGCGGCGCGGGCUGGGGCGGCUACUGCUACGCUGCAUCAUGCUGACCGCGGUGCAGCAGGGGCACCAGUACUUCACGGCUCUGGUCUCGAGCGGCAGCACCAUGGACUUCUGGAGGCACAUGGGCUUCAAGGAGGUGCAGUUCAAACAAGAUCAAACCGGGAAACUGGGCCCGCCGAGGGGCCUGUCUAAGGACCUCAAGCCAGUGCUGCAGGAGAGCAGCAAGCAGUCCAUCUUCGCCCUCAACAUCUGGUAUGGGGAACGGCCCAAGAAGGUGGAGAAGGUGGACCUGAAGGAGGAGGCGCAGCCGCAAGAGCAGGGCUCGCAAGAACAGCUGCAGCAGGAGCGGGAACUGCAGCAGCAGGAUCCGGAGGGCGCGCUGACGAGACUUCUGGCGCGCAGCAGUGCGCAACUCAAGAGCGACCCCUACGAGGACAGCGAGCAGGCGCCAGGCGUGGUGUGGCCGCCGGCAGCGGCAGCAGGCGCACCUGAUGGCACCGGUGACACGGAGCCAGCUGACAACGGUGCGCUGGCUGCGCAGGACCCAGCUGACAACGGUGCGCUGGCUGCACAGGACCCAGCUGACAAAGGUGCGCUGGCUGCACAGGACCCAGCUGAACACGGCAGCGCGGUGUGGCUGGUGGAAAGCGAGAAUCAGGUGGAGCAAGCAGCCGCAUGCGUUGCAGCUGCUUUCGCUGGCGCUGGACCCGCGGGCGCUGCGGCGGGAACCAAGGGCGCGGCAGCGGGAACCAAGGGCGCGGCAGCGGGAACCAAGGGUGCUCCGGCGGGAACCAAGGGCGCUGCGGCCGGAACCCAGGGUGCUCCGGCCGGAACCCAGGGUGCUCCGGCGGGAACCAAGGGCGCUGCGGCCGGAACCAAGGGUGCUGCGGCCGGAACCCAGGGUGCUCCGGCCGGAACCCAGGGUGCUCCGGCGGGAACCAAGGGUGCUGCGGCCGGAACCAAGGGCGCUGCGGCCGGAACCCAGGGUGCUCCGGCCGGAACCCAGGGCGCUGCGGCGGGAACCCAGGGCGCUGCGGCCGGAACCCAGGGUGCUCCGGCCGGAACCCAGGGUGCUGCGGCCGGAACCAAGGGCGCUGCGGCCGGAACCAAGGGUGCUGCGGCCGGAACCCAGGGUGCUCCGGCGGGAACCCAGGGUGCUGCGGCCGGCACCAAGGGCGCUGCGGCCGGAACCAAGGGCGCUGCGGCCGGAACCAAGGGCGCUGCGGCCGGAACCAAGGGUGCUGCGGCCGGAACCAAGGGCGCUGCGGCCGGAACCAAGGGUGCUGCGGCCGGAACCAAGGGCGCACCGGCGGGAACGGGAGCUACCGCUGCCGCCACCGCGGCUCACCAGCAGGCGCUGGCGUGUCAGCGGCCGCCAGGUCAAGCAGCAGCCGCAGCCACGUCAUCCCUUGGUGAGGCUGUUCAACGGGCAGCUGCACUGGUGGAGGCGGCGGCAGAAGAGGAGGCGGCGGCCGUAGGAAUCGCGGUAUCGGCCGUGGAGGCGGAGGAAGCUGCGCUGGCAGACUUUGCGGCUGCGGCUGAAGCGGCAGAGAUGGGGAUGGAGAUGGAGGUGGAUGAGGUAGGGGCGGAGAUUGUACCGGCGACGGGGCGUGACUUUACGGCGGCGGCGGUUGGUGGCUCCACUACGCCGCAGCCUGAGGACGCGGUGACUUCAGAGGACGGCGGCGCUGCCGUGCAGCCGGAUGCCGAGGAGCACCGGCCCGCAAAACGCCGACGGUACAGCGGGGAUCGCUGUGCUGGGGAGUCGCAGGAGCAGCUGGCACAGCAGAAGGAGCCGUCGUCGCCGGCCAGCACUUUGUCGCUGCCUGGCAAUGACAGCGAAGGCGGCGGCGGUGGCGCCAGCGCAGGCAAAUGCGCCGCGGCCGCCACGCCAGAGGGCGCCGGCGGCACCGGCGGAGCUGGUGCCGCAAUUGACGGGGCAUGCCUGCAGGCGUCACCGCACGCGUCUCCUCUUCGGGUGGCGGCCCCGGCCGCGCCCCACGAGGUGUCUUGUGCGGCGUCGCCGCGUUUUCCAGCAGCGGAGGACGCCGGCGGAGGGCUAGACGGGAGCUGCAGGAGCGGCAACGCGGACGCUUUCAAGGAUGACACCGGUAUGAAGACGACGCCAGGGGUGGGCGAUGGCGGCGGGGGCGGCGUGUCAUUCCAGCAUCUACCGCAGCAGCAGGCGGCACACCUUCGCGAUAUUUUGGCAAAGCACUACCCAAGCGUGCUCCGCCUGCUGCACUCCAUCUCCGGGCCGCGCAACCAACAGAGCCACGGGUGCGGCAGCGGUUCUGUCGGGCUGCCGGUGCUGCCGCUGGAGGUUCUACACCGCUACGCCACCACCGGCCUGGGGUGGAACUACAAGAUGGUGAUCAGGCCAGCGGCCCCGGAGGCGAACAGCAGCACUGGAGCGGCGGCUGCAGCAAUGCCGGCCUUUGAGGCUACGGUGACGCUGCGAUCGCGUGACUUGUCAGCGAGUGCGGAAGCCAAGGGCAAGGCUGCUGCUGAUAUGGACACGGCCGAGCAGCUGGCGGCGGCGGCCUUUCUGCAGAACCAACUGGCGGCGGGCGUGAGCCCCGACCGCCUGUGGGCGCAGCAGCAGACUCAGCCGCAGCCGCAGCACACGCCUGCGGCAGGCGUGGCUGCGGCUCCAGCGGCCCAACACGGCAGCAGCUCCAGCGGCCCUGAGGCCGCUGCGCCCGCAGGGGCCAUGCCGCCACCCGGGAACCCGCCCGCAGCCGCCUCCCCAGCGCCGCCGCCCGUUGGGCUGCAUGCCGGCGGCCAGCAAGCCCACCACCACAUGCCGCAGCCCUGCCCGCCACAUCCGUUCUACACGCCAGGCUGCUGGCCCUACCCACAGCCGUACGCCUACGUCAUGCAGCCGCCGCAUCAGCAGCAGCAGCCGCCCCAGCAAUAUCACCCGCAGUUUGCGGCUUGGAUGCCGGGCAGCGCCCAGCUGCCGCAGCCACCGCAGCUCAGCAUUGGGCAGCAGCCGGCGGCGGAGAAACCCGCUGGCGCGCCCACCGCUGGCGCCGCAAGUGGUGGCGGCGCGGGUGAUGAUGUCGGUGGCGCCGCGCCGCCGCCCAUGCCGCCGCAUCCCAGCGCUUACCCUGGCUACUACUGGCCGCUGCCGCAUUGCAUGCCAUUGCCAGGCCCUGGCGGACCCUACGCGGGCUAUCCGCAAGCCCCGUCCGGACCCUGGGGGGCGCCGCCGCCGCCGCCGCCAGCCAGCGGCGCGCAGUGGCCGCAGGGGCCAUGGCCUUCCCAUCGGGCGCUAGCGCUGCCGCCGGCGCAGCAGUAGCCCCUGAAGUUGGAGUUGAUCACAGCAGCGUUGAUACAGCAGCAGCCGGUAGCGCAGUGGGCAAGUGUUGAUGGGGAUGGACAGUUGGCGCAUUGUUGCAAGUGCUGCUGGAGAUAGGUCAUUGCGCGCUCAAGCGCUCAUUGGAAAGAAAGCGUGGAAGUCCGACUUGUGUCGGCACCGGUGGCAGUUUUGAGGAAGAAGCUGGGCCUGUUAAGCUUGGCCCCUUCGCUGGUAAGCCCAGGUUGAGCUUUCAAGAUGCGAGAUUGCAUUGAUUACCAGCCCAGAUACGAGCCCUGGUUGCAAUCAGUACUUACUGGAGCGACAACGGAGGCAGCGGCGGUCGCUGUGCAGCUAGCCGAGGCCGGUUUGCAUGCAUUAGGUGUACUCUUCUUUGCCAUGCAGCCCAUGCUUGACGCAAGAGACGAGCUUGGGGAAGGGGAGGUCAAGGGGAGAUGCCGUGUGGCGUGCCGCGCGAUGGGUGCCGAAGGGGUGCCACGAUGAGAAGAAGGCACGGCAUUAAUGUAAGUGUUGCUAUUG